GUAAGAGAACGUGGAGUGGUUUAGAUCGCUACUCUUUAAUGUUUAAUUACUUCCAACUAGCAACUGUAAAUUUAUGUUAUUAAUACACUACAAUGAACAAGGUUGAGCACGCAAUUUGUAGAAUUCGUGAAAGACUACCACAGCAAGAUAAUUUCGUGACUUUGGGAGUUGGUUGUGUUGUAAAGCAUGAGGCCCUUGCAGCGAGUCUAGGCUGGAAGUGUCCUAAUCUUUUAGUAACUUCCGUAGAUGUGCUAUCGCCACAACAACUGUCUUCAGACAGGACUUUCACUGCAGAAUUCCUUGUUUUUGAGAAGAAAGGGUUGGAAGUGUUUGAGCUGAAACCUGCUGCAGAAUUUUGCAUAACUAUUAGUGGACGAAAUUUAAACGAGCAAGAUGGAAGCCAUCCAAAUGAACAGCUUACUGUGCUAUCAGUUGAGCCUUUGGAUAAACGGGGUUUUCUUAAGAGAAUGGUUAAAAAGAGUAGUCUGCAAACGACUAGACCGAUUGAUUGCUUUGAUUUCCAUAACUAUGACAAUGAAAUUGACGAUGGGUUAUUCUGCAAUGUAAUCCGUGAGUUUGGGUCAAUUGGCCAAGAAUUCGAAUCACGAACGUACAAGUUUAAGUUCAGUAAAAGCAGAAACGUAUAUUUGCUGGAGGAUUUCUUACAUCGUGACAUUGAGCUAGAAGAGCAAUCGUUCCCCAGUGACCAGAUUCUAGCUGGUGGUGUGGUGUUUUCUAAACAAGGGUUAUACCUGGGUUGCCUUGCGUUUUAUGCAGGCCAAAUCGUGCCUUCGUUCAUACCCGACACGUACUUCCAACUUCAAGAAGAGGAAGCUCCCAAGGAACAACAAGGUGGAAAUGAAGCAGAAGGCAUAGMUGCCGACUCUAGAAAAGAUGAUGAAAUUGAUGAAAAUGAAAAUAGAGAAUUAGCGGAGGAAAAUAUMAAAGAACAGGCUYACAGCAAAGAARCUCUUUGUGAAGAUGAGACACCUUCUGUCYAUCCAUCGAUUGAUCAACUAGAGAUGCAUCGUAAUGAUGAAGUUGGUAGCUCAGAUGACAAAGAAGUAAUUGAAAUUGAAAAUAUGGAAAAUGAGAAUGUUGAAAACACAUCACAGGAGGAAAUUCAAGAACCUGAMAAAAACUCUGAAGCWACUGAACUUGGAUAUUUUAAGUCUAGGAGGGACAGUACAGAACUGGAGUUUGUUGUAUCAGUCGAAAAUGCAGAAAAUGAAGAGAGUGAAAAUGUCAAUGAAAAGRCACCARSUAGUAUUUCUGAAAUGGAGGACAAUAGUGUAAAAAAUGAAACAAAAGUUGAUGACACUUCAGAACAAAAUGAMAACCAAGAAAAAAUAUCAUCAGAAAUGGAAGAUAAAGAAGCUGAUGAGGAAAUUACUCAAAAUGAAACUAAACCAGAUUCAGAAGAUACAAAUGAACAAGAACAAACUAAUGUUGGUCAAGAUACUUUAAUGGAUAACAUGCUUCACAAAGAAAAUGACAUUUCUAUCUUACAGACUGAUCACGUUGAAGACAAUGUGGUCAAUGAGCGCAAUGAUGUUACUAGGGAAACUGAUACAGAAAUUAAAAAUGAAGAGGAWAGUGUAUUGGAUAAUACUACUGAGAAAAGUGUUGAAGUUGAAGAGACAGAAAAAAAUCCAGUAAGUAAUGACUGUCCAGGCAUUGACAUUGCAGGUACUGACGUAAAWACUGAUAUGGAAAGAAGUGAACUUAAUCAACAAACUGAGGUGGAAAGUGAAGAUCAGAGAACAACUAGUGACAUUCCUACCUCAAUGCAAGAAGACAUUCCUGUGGAUAAUAAACUAACUGAGGAAAUAUCUCCUGAAGAUGAUGAAACAAGUGAAAACAAAGAGGUUGAAGUUGAAGUUGAAAUUCUUUCUCCUCAAACUACUAAUACAGAUGAAACUCAGAGACCUAAUCUCAAAGAUGAAAAUACUUUGGAUAAAAACCAAGUCAGCUCUGAAGACAGCCAUACAGAUGAAAUAUCAGAACUAUCAAGUUCUAACCUGGAAAUACACCAACAAAGUGAAGACAGGGAAUUAAGUAGUCAUCAAGAUGAAAUUCUUGUGAAUCAAGAGGAAAUCAUGUCUGUUGAUGGUGAAAAACAAGCUGAGACACAAAAUGAAGUGAAAAGAGAUGUAAUUGAGCUGGACAAACCUGUUAAACCAGAUGUAAUUGAGCUGGACAAACCUGUUAAACCAGAAGAGGCAGGAGAACCUUUGGAACCUGAUGAUCUUCUUAAUAUAAAAAUCACAAACAAUCCAAAGGCACUUGACGACCUAGCCAUUUUACUGGACACAGAACACCAGCAUGGAGGAGUGUCUUCCUGGUAUGACCUGGCUGAACUACUAGCAAUACCAAAAGAAGCUUAUAAUCAUUGUAUUUCCUUUUCCAAACCAAGUCCUACAGAGGAUUUGUUGGUAUUCUUGUCMAGCACAAAACCUCAGUUUUCCAUCAGUGAUUUAAAGGAUUCACUACGGUCUAUCAGCAGGCCAGAUGUGGUCCAUAUUGUUGACCGUUAUAUAGCAAGAGCUGUCAUUAGUGAUGGUACUGUUAUCCAAGGUGUCAUUGAACGUGAAGACAUUGAUCUUCUUGGUGAACUUGCUCUCAAACUYGACCGUGGACAUCACUCUAACUGGAAAGUCCUUGCUCGUCAGCUUGAGGUUCCAAGUCGAAUAUUCAGGAACUUUGGCUCCCACCAGCGACAGAACUCUGCACUUUUAAUGCUUAAAUAUCUACCAAUCUUUGAUCCUGACUURACUGUUGAUUCGUUGAAAGAUUCCUGUAGAACUGUUGGAUUGGAUGACUUGGUCAAAUUCCUGGACGCAUCAGGUGUUCCUGGAGAUGAUGCCAUUAUGGACAUAUUAGAAGACACUGACUUUAUCGGUGAAAUAACAGACAUUUUAAAUGAAGAGGAUGAAAAUGGACCAAACUGGAAACGACUUGGAAGAGAGUUGAAAAUUCCUGAAGAAAAGUUCUCAAUCUUUGAACCAUCCUCCAUGAAUAGUCCUACUAAAAUGCUAUUACAAAGUAUAGCAAAGUGUGAACCUGAUAUCACUGUAGAUGAACUCAUUCUGGCAUUGGUCGCCAUGAAGAGACAUGAUAUUAUAGAGAUGCUGGGAAAGCACUUUAGAAAUUCAGACAUUCGGUCAAUUCUUGAAGAAAAUAACUGUUUACCACCUCAGCCUGAAGACAGCAUCAAAGAGGAGGAAGAGGAAGAGUCAACAGCAUGACAUUUAAAUAUCACUGCCAUGGCUUUGAUGUGUAGUGCAGUUAAUUGCUUUAAAAACUAUAUAUUAGGUAGAGUUAGGCUUUCAUGCGUAUUUUGUAUUAUAUAUUGUAUAAUAAAUGGCAGAUGAAACACAUUGUCAAUGUUUGUGAUAACAGGAAGACUUGUCAGUUUCAAUUCAAAAGAAAAUAGUUCAUAAAAUAAUAAUGUUUAAUUGGGUUAUCCUUGGCAAGAGGUAUUAAACAAGUUUUUUGUCUUGAUUUCUUUUAGUUUAAUAGAUCAAACGUCAUAUUUAUCAAGUAACUACAUUUUGCUUUGCUUCCAUUCAUACUGAAUGUAUAAUAAUGUAAUUUGUUGUAAUCAAUCUACCCACAAGUUGUAAAAUAUAUCAUUAGUAAGUUGUAAAGUAGUACAUGUAUUUUAGUUGUACAGAAGUAUCAGUUGGAUAAACUGGUUGGUACAAGGAUGUUGUUUUGUAGAGACAAAAUUCCAAAUUAACAAAAUAAACAUUUUUUUAUCUCUU